AUGGACGUGCCGACGGCCGCGGCUUCCGUGAUCCGCCUGCUGCCGCUCCUCAAGGACAUCAUCGGCAUCUUCGGCAUCGUCGACGCCGCGGGCAAGGUGCUCAGCGAGCGGCUGAAACGGCGCAAGGGGUCCUGCGUCAUCUACGUCGGCGGCAUGGUCGAGCUCUUCCACAGCACGCCGAAGCGCGAGACCGUCUUUUUAAAGAAGCGCAAGGGCUUCGUGAAGAUCGCCCUGCGCACGGGCGCGGACCUCAUCCCCAUCUACUCCUUCGGCAACACGACGGUGCUCGAGGCCUUCAAGUCGGGUCCGCUCGCGUCGCUGUCCCGGAAGGUCGGCGUCUCCGUGACCGUGUUCUGGGGACGGUGGUUCCUGCCCAUCCCCAAGCGCGUGAAAUUGGUCUACGCGCGGGGGCGGCCCCUCGGCUUGCCCCACAUCGAGCACCCGACGGACGCGGACGUGGACAAGUACCACGCGCUCUACUGCGCGAAGCUCGUCGAGCUCUUCGACAACUACAAGAAGUUCAACCCGGACUACGCGGAGAAGACGCUCCACAUCGAGUAA